AUGAUUUCUUCUUCUCUUUUUAGUGCCGCGCUGGCCAUUUUGGCUGUCAACGGCGUACACGCCGGACCAUGCCGUCCGACGACUAUUGAGGCAUCACUCACCGAGACCACUCUCACCACCAAAGGAGAGCCCACGACUGCGAUAUCUGCAACCGAGCUUUCUGUUGCUACCACCGAAACAACCGACGACGAAGACAUCUCAACCGGCACUACUACUGAGAUUUCUGUUACUACCACACAAGUCACCACCAUCUCUCAAGAUGCGUCUUCUACCCUCACCACUGUUGAGGAGACUACAACUGAGCUCCCCACUACAACUACUGCCGCCUUCUCUGAAGAUGUAUCUUCGACCAAAACUUCGGCCGACGACACCACUGCCAUGUUGAUCACCACCACGAUGCAAACUCUUCAACCGACUACAACUUCCGCCUUGACUACCACAACCACUGCAGCCUCUGAAGGGUCGCAAUGCAUCAACAACGACGACUGUCUUUUGGUUGGUAUGCAGCAGUGUGCUUUCGGAGGCUGCACCUGUGUGAGAGGAUACUGUACUCCUCCAUCUGAAGAUGGGAGCUGUAUGUUGAACUCGCAGUGUGAUGCGGGCAAAGAGUGCCAGAAGGGUAUAUGUGUCGACCGUGUUGAAUGUGUCGUGGCCGUGAAUUGCCUUGCAAACCUUGACUUGUGUGUGGACACGAAUUCUUGCGCUUGCUAUACAUGA